CGCUGUACAUUUCGCGUGCUCCACCGCAACUCGCUUGCGGCAACACCACGCCAUGGCGCAAGUGUUGCCCGCGAAGCGCCCUCGAGCGUCGAUAGACCAUCGGCCGUCCAUAAACGGGGUCGCAGGACCAAGCAGGAGCAAACGACCGCGUCACUCCACCAUAGAGCCCAGCGAACGAGACGAACGAGAUUAUUCCGAGGACGUAGAGUCUCGGCACCCCCAAGACGAAGAAGCAUCCUCGAACGAACCGGACGACGCCGAAGAUGAUGAGGCCGUCUACGUGCGGGCUACUCAGAUGGUACAGAAGAGCCUUCGGAAAACGGCAGAAUUGAAAAAUACCCCGGCUGAGGCAGGAAUCGUUGAGGAGAUACGAUGCACAAACUUCAUGUGUCACGAACAACUCACGGUGACACUGGGGCCGCUGAUCAACUUCAUAAUCGGCCACAAUGGUAGCGGGAAGAGUGCAGUUCUUACGGCUCUCACCUUGUGUCUUGGCGGCAAAGCUACAGCCACCAACCGCGGACAGAACCUUAAGAGCUUUAUCAAGGAGGGCAGAGACUACUCUAUUCUAUCGGUCAAGAUCAAGAAUCAAGGCUCCACUGCGUACAAGCCUGACCAAUACGGCGAUUCGAUAAUCGUCGAGCGACACUUCAACAGGUCCGGCGCAUCGGGUUUCAAAUUGAAGGAUCGGAAUGGCCGAAUCGUCUCCACCAAGAAGGCGGAUCUAGAGGACAUCAUCGACGCGUUUGCUAUGCAGAUCGACAAUCCGAUGAACGUUCUCACGCAGGAUAUGGCCCGACAGUUUCUGAACGAUUCCAACCCAAAGGAGAAGUACAAGUUCUUCCUGAGAGGCACCCAGCUUGAGACACUCAAUAGGGAUUAUCUGCAAAUUUCGCAGGAGCUCGAAGAGCAAGAAUCCAGGGCUCAGACCUUGCAAGGUGACCUUGACGUGUAUCGGAAGAAGCUCGAACACGCAGUCGAGAAAGCCAAGCGUGCAAGUAACCUUGAGACCAUGCGAGCCAAGGAGAUGAAACUCGCACAUCAAGCUGCAUGGGCACAGGUCGAGGGUGAAGAAAGGGAAUUAGCCGACAUUGACGCCGAGCUCGGACGGAUUUCUAAUGUUAUUGCGCAGAGAAAGGCAGAAGCAGACGCUCAUUCUGAGCAAUUCGAGCGUGCUGAUCAAGCAUUGGAGGAUGCACAGGCAGAGGUCCAAGAGCUUCAAGCCCAGAUAGAACCUGCCGAACAAGUGGUGGCGGACCGUAAGGCUCAAUGGCACGCUACAAAGAAGAGCGUAUUGGACCUGAAGAUGACUGAACGUAAUAUCAUAACGGGGAUCAAGACCAGCGAGCAGUCCAUCAAGAACACGCAGUCUCAGAUCCAAGACCACCGACAACGUCAAGCAGAGGCCGACAAUGGGCUCUAUGCCCAAAGAUUAAGUGAGCUAGAGGACGCCAAAGCUACAUGCGAGCAGGACAAAGCGGCAUGGGAAAACUCCGAUAACGACCUCCCUGCAAAGAGCGAGCACUUGAAGUCAGCACGCGAGCAAAAGCUGCGGGCCGACGAGAGGCGACAACAGAAGCGAGAGGAGGAACAGCGGUCUAGGGCGAAACUCCGCGACUUGGAGCAAGGGCAUCGUAAGUGGGUCGAAUCCUAUCCCAACCCUGCCGGCCUGGAGAAAUUGCUUCACGCAAUCGAAAACGAAAGGAGAUUCCGAGAGCGACCAGUUGGUCCUAUGGGACGCUACGUUGAGCUGAAGAAGCCCGAAUGGGGAUAUAUCCUUGAGAAGUCCUUUGGCGCAGCCCUAAGCGCUUUCGUUGUGACAAGCAAAGCGGAUCAGAGUACCCUUUCCGAGUUGAUGAGGAGGUACAACUACCAAGUUCCAAUUUACAUAGGCAAAAAGGAUCGAAUCAAUACGUCUGAUCAUGAGCCAGACGAACGGCUUGUCACCUGGAUGCGGGUUCUGGAAAUCAAAAAUGACCUUGUCCGGAAUCAGUUGAUCAUUAACCAGAACAUCGAUCAGAUCGUGCUCAUCCAGAAGCGGAGUGAAGCUCACGACUUCAUGCUCCGACAUGGCCCAGAACGAAGGAACGUGAAAGCUUGUUUCGCCAUGUCUGACGGCAGUCGGAGAUUAGGACAUCUCAUUCACAUGAACCAACAGAGCGGUGCCGUCAGGCUUGAACCGAUCAACGAAUAUCAAGGAUCCUUUCGAAUGCAAGCGGACAAGGGUCGACAAAUACAAGAGGAAAAAGACAAUCUCGCGCGAAUUCAGCGAGAAACGCGGGAUGUCGAAGCAGCAGUUCGAGCGGCCCAAGACCAACUCAAUGCGUGCCAAGCCGCGAUGCAGGAUCACAAAAACACGAAACUGGACCUCAAAGUGAAGUUUCAACGCGCUCAAGACGUCGUGGAGGCCCUAGAAUCGGCACUAAGUGCGGCAACGCCCGAUGCAGACGUGAUCGAGAUUCUAGAAAAGGAACUGGCCGAUGCCCAACACCAAUUGGAACUGGAUCAAGAACAGUACAAGGACAUGGUGGUGGAACUCGACAACCAAAAUGACGAAGCACGCUUACACAAGACCCGCCUCGAUGACGCCGAAAAAGCGCUUGAGGAGCUUAGAUUCCAGCUCGAGAAACACAGUGCCAAAGUUCAGACGCUUACGCAGCGACGAGAACAGGCGUUACGACGCAAAAAUGCUGCUCUGGAAGAUGUGCAGGCCGCAGAAACCAACAAAGCCGACUGGGAGCAGAGGCGUGCGGAGCAAGAAGCACAGGUUGAUACCUCUGGAAGAGACGCCGAAUCGAUAUGCGCGCGCAUAGAAGUCCCUCCCAAUGAAACGUUCGAGUCGCUAAAGCGCAGGUUGGACAGGAUGGCGAAAGAAAGGGAACGGAGCGAGAAGGAGCUUGGUGGAUCAGAAGAAGAGCUGUUGAGGCAGGCUAAUGAUGCCAAGAAGACGUACUAUGACGCCAAAAAGGAGAUGGAAGGCACCCAGCAUGUGCGAACGGUCCUGAAGGUUGCUCUGCAAACGCGCCAGGAGCGUUGGAGAAGAUUCCGGCAGGAAAUCUCAGUGCGAGCCCGCGUCACUUUCAACUAUCUUCUUAGCGAGCGCCAAUUCCGCGGUAGUCUCAGCGUCGAUCACACAAAUUCGCGGCUGGACAUCCAUGUUCAACCAGAUAUUACGGUCAACAGUGCCGCGGGGAGGCAAACGAAGACGCUGUCGGGAGGUGAGAAAUCGUUUUCGACGAUUUGCUUGUUGCUCUCGCUCUGGGACGCCAUGGGCUCUCCAAUACGCUGCCUUGACGAGUUUGACGUGUUCAUGGACAGCGUGAACCGCGACAUUAGCAUGACGAUGAUGAUUGGAGCUGCUCGACGCGCCGUGGGCCGUCAGUACAUCUUGAUCACGCCGCAGGCCAUGAACAACAAGAGCAUCCACAGCAUGGACGACGUGAGGAUUAUUCGCAUGGAUGAUCCGGAACGAGGCCAGACGGCGUUGAACUUCGGUAGAUGAGUUACUGGUGGAGCAGGACUGCGUUUGUUCUUUUGAAAGCCCAAAGCGUGGCGCUGUACAGUCACGCAUUGCAUGCCUAGGUAUUGGGAGGGCGUUUGAAAAUUUAUGACCGGAUACCCGCGGGCGUUGAGGGAAGGAGGAGAUGUUACAUACAUACUUAAUGUAUGCGGUAUUGAUGGUGUCUCGCAUGCCCGUGUGCGGCACGUAGCUGGAGGCGCAACAGCGACAGGGCCGUCACCUGCUUUUAGACCGCGCCAGACAAUUUACAGUAUUUGGUUC